GGCGAAAGCGCUGAUAAAAUUCCCGUAGAAUUCAGAUUGCAUAUGAGUAAACUGAAGAGACUUAUCAGUGAAAGCGCUAAUUAAAUUCCUGUUGAAUUCACAUAUUUUUUCCUUCCUUCCUUAUCUACCUAUUUUCUAAUUUAUAUAUAUUUAUUAACUCAAAUAUCCAUUUUCAUCUAUGUGAAAAUGAACAAAGCGAUGCAUCCGAAAAUACUUGACAACGCUCCACGAUCCACUUGAUCAUCCGUUUUCGAGUUUUGUUUAUGUGUACAUACAGCUUGUUCCCAGUAUCGUUUAAUGACGUGUAUUACUUAACCUUCCGCGUGGUGGACUAAUUUCAGUAUCAUUACAGUCACGACAGUGUGAAAGACCAAGAGGAUCAGAAACUUAUCGAUGGAAGAUUCUUGCAUUAUGGUGCUUUCCAUGGCUGUAGAUUUCCUUAUUUCUAAUGACACUUCCUAUCUUCUAUGAAACCUCUUUUCACACCUUCGAAGCUUGUAUUGUGUUGUGACUUUUCAUCAUGAAUGCUUCAUCUCUUUCUUCCAAUGUGACAAUGGAAAUUCUAGACGAUCCAAACCUGCUUCAAAUUAUCAACGACGACGCAGUGAGACAACAUCUAAUUCCCAGUGUUGUUUUGACGGUGUCUAUGAUAUUACUCGGCAUCCCAGGAAAUAUUCUCAUCAUCGCAGUAUACAUGAAACGAUGGAAGAAAUCUACCAGCAGAAUAUUUAUUCUUGCACUGGCCUUCAACGAUUUAUUCAAUUGCUUAUUUACAAUGCCACUUGAACUAUAUUACAUAUUUAACGUAUAUCAAACUGAUGAUUCGUAUCUUUGCAAGGUUUCACGAUGCCUGACAUUUUGGACAAAUGACGGAUCCUCCUUAAUUUUGAUGGGUAUUGCUUUCGAUCGAUUGCAGAGGAUAUGCAAACCGUUCAAAGUUCAAAUGUCCAUAUCUAAAGCCAAAAGGAUAGUCGGCGUUUCCAUGGUAGCCUCUUUAUUGGUGGCUUGGCCUUCUUUGUUCAUAUAUGGAACAGCGAAUGUACUCUUACCAGUUGACGAAAAUAAAGGAAUUUAUGCCAAAAUGUGCCUCUAUUCAGAUAGACCUAGGGUUCGUUUAGAUCCGAGAGUCUUUGUGUUCUUUAUUAUGGUUGGAAACUCCGUCCUUGAUGUAUUUUUCCUUGUUGUUUACGGAAUUAUUUUGUAUCACGUAAAAAACUCAGACAAAGAACUUCGUAAAUUAUCUAAAAUGGACCUCUACUCCUCCGAUGGAUGUCGUAAAAUGUCGGAGGUAGAUUUUAGUGCUCAACCUUCAACGGAAGUCAGCGCUAAUAAAGAAAUUCGUAAGCUGUCGAAGGAAGAGCCCAAUCUUUCUCGUAUGAAACAGGUUUUUUCUGGGGCUCCUUUGACCACGACGGUAAAACGGAAACUGUUCUCCCAAAGUCGGCAAAAGAGAACCAGCUAUUCGAGCAGCACCGAAAGCAGAAGAACCAUUUUUGCAUCACGUGACAAUCGCGGCAAAACAAAAACAACAAUAAUGCUGUUUUUAGUGACAAUUUUAUUCAUCGUAUCUUUUGGACCAUACACAGUGCUUAUGACGAUACGGAUUUUUGAUGCUGGAUAUUAUAGCCGGCUGAGUGACUUUGGGAAGGCGACUUAUCAUUUCUUCAUUCGGUCAUAUUUCCUUUCUAAUGCCUUGAACCCACUUAUCUAUGGAUUCAUGAGUGAACAUUUCCGUACUGAGUGUAAGAGCGUUCUUAGGAACAUUGUAUGUUGGUGAGAUAUUAUGUUUGGUGUACUAGAAAAGUGCACACGGACUUGUGUUUUAAAUUCAAUGCAAAACAAUUAUUUUACAUGUUUUAAAAAGAUAAUACGCGUACCCUUUUACUUUUUAUACAUGAAAUUCUUGAUAUAGGCCAAGAUAAAAUUUGAGCCAAAAAAAAAAAAAUUUUUUUAAAAAUUGUACAGCUAUGGAUUUUAAAAAUCACCACUGUACACAUCCAUCCAUUGGGAAUCGAAAAUUUAUCUAUAUCACAUAAUUUCUUAAUAAAGUGUGUCUUAUGCAAACAUUUUAACGGUUUAUUUACAAGGCUUCUAUUAUGAAAAAAGAGUUGCUUGUACUGAAGAGAAUAUACAUGUAGGUCCACGAGGAAACCACCUCUUAAAUAUUACACUGACUAGUACACACACUCCCUGUACAUGUACUACAUGUAACUCACGGUGUUGUCAAAUUGCACUAUAAACUUGCAUGAGUUGACCCCAUUAAUCUGUGAUUAUUUUAAAACUAUUCUUAAAUAGUCUGUGUCAUUUGGCAUGCCUUGUAUGCUAAUGUAGUGUGAUUGUCUGAAUCACCAGAACGUUUAUCAUGCAUUGUAUGUUGUUGUAGUGUGAUUAAAUAUAGCAUGUAAUUUCUUGUAUGAAUCCCCAGAACGUUUAUCAUGAAAUGAUAAUGAAAUUAUAUGUUGCAUAAAUUUCUUGUACAUAAAUUUCCCAAGAGAUGUCAACCAAAAUGGUUUUUAAAUUUAAAGAAAAUUUUAGAUGACUGUGGAAUGUCUAUUGUAUUGUAUAAUGUUAACAAAAUGAAUACUAACUGGA